AAAAAAAGAAGGAAUGUAUCAUCUCUUGGUUUGAAAAGCAUCCAAGGAAUGAAAAGUCAUGAAACUUAGAAAUAUCUAGAAAAACCGACUACUUUGGAAAAUAUUAGUGAAGCGAGAGAUUAGACGUGUUACUCGCCUCCUCAGCCGCACACUCGGGAGACGUCCGCUGAGCUCACACUCGGGCUUCCGGGCUUCACAGAGAAAACCGAAGCUAUACAAAAGUGCAAAUGCGUAAACCAGGACAGGAGUGUAAUGUUACCUAGCAAAAGCAACCGGGAGCCUCCUGGGGGGGGUGCACACCAUCUCUGGCAGCCCCGCCCCGGGCUUCUGUCCUCGUGAACCAGCCACACAGCACCCCUCCCCCCCCAGACGUGUGGCUGCCAGAGGGUCCAGUGCCCCCAGCGUCAGCCCUUUACUGACGCUGCCCAGCUGUGACUUCGACAACAAUCGAAACACAGACGAAACACUGGGGGGUUGGGAAACAAGGCAAGACAAAUAAUAGGAGAGAAGGAGACACAUAGGAGGGAAAUUACAGACCAGCCUGGCAUGAAAAAAGACACACAACAAAGGGAACGUGGAGUAAGAGGUAAACGGAGGUACAUGCACAGCGGCCCUGAGCCCACCGGAUGCCUGCUUAGUUACAUCGCGUUUCUGAAAGGCUUUCCGGAAUGUCUCCGCUGAUGCACGCCAAACAAAAUGGGAGAUGCGAGUUGCUGGAACAGUCCAGGCGGGAGAUAGAUUGCGGCCGGCCCAGCGGUCAGGCCCGGUGAGUUGAUCGCCGGCCAGCACCAGUUCCCAGGCAGAGCUCCGUGAGCCCUCCGGGACCUCCGGCACGGCCUGCCUUCGACAGCAGUGACUGUAUCCGUGCCCCGGCCUUGUGGAUUUGCCUACGGCUCGGGGUGAGGAAGCAGCAAGACGUUGCACGACAGGAUUAGGUUUUCUGAGACUCUUCAUUGCCAAGAAUCAGAGGACUGCAAAUUAUGGAUCAGGACAAAUAAAAAAACAACCAGCUGUAGAGAUUUUUGUUGACUAAAAAGCCAAGGUUGACCGAAACUGAUGCAGCGUCAGAAAAGCCCAGAUGAACAGGGGUCUCGCGUCUGGAAAAGGGAGGUGACGGGCCAGUCCCACUCUGCACAGUCACGGAAACCCAGACACUCGCUAAAAGCUUCAGGGUCUGCAGGAGGCAGCCAGGGUGCAGCUGGGUCUGGAAAAUUCCUCCGGGAGGAACUGCAAGGGACUGAAUAACGUUCAGCCCGAGAAGUCAUACAAACCCACCCACAUCCUUACCUGUGUAAAUAAAACUACCAGCUGAGUGCCAGGCACACGAGAACUUUCCAUGAGUUAUCUGUUUGCCUACUGGUCCUUCAGUGCGUGUUCUCGGGUGGAGGCUUAUGUGCUGUGGUUCCCGGAGGCCCCUGCAGGGCAGCUGGGUACCUGCUCCGGAGAGGCAGAGUUCUGCUGGCUCUGGGGAAGACUGCUAGGAGAGGCGACGAGGACAAGCCAUGGCAAGUGACAAGUCGUGGCGUCCCGAGGGAAGGGUGGCCUUCCAGGGCCGCUGGCCAGGCCUCUCCUGCUCUGAGAGUCAACCAGGGUUUCUACGGAGAAGAACCCUCUUUCCAAGGUCUCCGUGUUCAGGCUCAGGCUGGGGGGAGCGCCUCCUCCCCGGCAAUGGAAACCAGGAAACGAGUCCUCACCCGAGGCCGCGUGGGUCACCCAAGUUCAUGACAGGGACGCAGCUGGGAUGCUGGCCCAGACGGCAGGCCCUCUUGGCGCGGGACCCGCCGUCUCCAGACCCGAGCGGCCUUCCGGAGGGUUCCCGGGGCCGCGCCCACGAGGACGGCCCGGGGUCUCCCCUCUACCACAGGGUUGCUGCGGGUGUGGUUUGGAGGGGCGCCACGUUGUGUGCGUGUGUGUGAGCGCGAGUGUGUGCGAGCGAGUGUGAGCGCGUGGGGCGCGCGCGGCGCGGGGUCGGGCCUCGCGUGUCCCCGAGCGCCCGCUGAGAGCGGACCCGGCCCUGGGGACCUGCGGCCGGGCGCGAGGGGGCGCCGCGCCACCGCCGCGGGGCGGAUCGCCGGGGCCCGAGCCGGGCCGGGGGCGGCGCGCGGGGCGGUGCCGGACUCCGCGGGCUGCGGGCUCCGGAGACGCCGCGCUCCGCCCCGAGGAGGCCACGGCCGGACGAGCGGAGCGGCGGCCCGCGGGGUCCCGGCCCCGAGGGACCUGAGAAGCCCUGGCAGGGGCCUGAUGAGAUGGCAGCAUUUGCAAAGGGCCGCCUGGGAUGAGCCCCCGCACGGGGAAGCCGACAGGAGGCGCUGCGUCCUGAGCGCGGCCGGGCGCCCGGGGCCAUGGCGCUGCGCCCCGAGCCCGCGGGCGGCCGGCGCGUCGUCACCAUCAACGUGGGCGGCUGCAGGGUGCGCCUGGCCUGGGCGGCGCUGGCGCGCUGUCCCCUCGCGCGCCUCGAGCGCCUGCGGGCCUGCCGCGGCCGCGACGAGCUGCUGCGCGUGUGCGACGACUACGACGCGGGCCGCGACGAGUUCUUCUUCGACCGCAGCCCGUGCGCCUUCCGCGCCAUCGUGGCGCUGCUGCGCGCCGGGAAGCUGCGGCUGCUGCGCGGCCCGUGCGCGCUGGCCUUCCGCGACGAGCUGGCCUACUGGGGCAUCGACGAGGCGCGCCUGGAGCGCUGCUGCCUGCGCCGCCUGCGCCGCCGCGAGGAGGAGGCGGCGCAGGCGCGCGCGGGGCCGCCGGGGAGCCCGGGCCGCCGCCUUCGGGACCUGCUGGACGACCCGCGCCCGGGGCCGGCCGGCAAGCUCUUCGCCUGCGUGUCCGUCGCCUUCGUGGCCGCCACGGCCGUCGGCCUGUGCCUGAGCACCAUGCCGGACAUCCGCGCGGAGGAGGAGCGGGGCGAGUGCUCCCCCAAGUGCCGCAGCCUGUUCGUGCUGGAGACGGUGUGCGUGGCCUGGUUCUCCUUCGAGUUCCUGCUGCGCUCGCUGCGCGCCGAGAGCAAGUGCGCCUUCCUGCGGACGCCGCUCAACAUCAUCGACAUCCUGGCCAUCCUGCCCUUCUACGUGUCGCUGCUCGCGGGGCUGGCGGCGGGCGGCGCGGGCGCGGGCGCGGGCGGCGCGGCGCUGCUGGAGCGCGCGGGGCUGGCGCUGCGCCUGCUGCGGGCGCUGCGCGUGCUCUACGUCAUGCGUCUGGCGCGCCACUCGCUCGGGCUGCGCUCGCUCGGCCUCACGGUGCGCCGCUGCGCGCGCGAGUUCGGGCUGCUGCUGCUGUUCCUGUGCGUGGCCCUGGCCCUGUUCGCGCCGCUCGUGCACCUGGCCGAGCGCGAGCUGGGCGCGCGCCGCGACUUCUCCAGCGUGCCGGCCAGCUACUGGUGGGCCGUCAUCUCCAUGACCACCGUGGGCUACGGCGACAUGGUGCCCCGCAGCCUGCCCGGCCAGGUGGUGGCGCUCAGCAGCAUCCUCAGCGGCAUCCUGCUCAUGGCCUUCCCGGCCACGUCCAUCUUCCACACCUUCUCGCGCUCCUACUCGGAGCUCAAGGAGCAGCAGCGGCGCGCCGUCGGCCCCGAGCGGGCCCCGCGCGACGACAGCACGCGCUCGGACAGCACGCGCUCGGCCCCCGCCACCGAGGACGGCGCGCAGGGGCCCGGGGGCGGCCACGGCUGCCGCCCGGGCCCGGGGCCCGCUCCCGAAGAGCCUCUGCAGAAGUAGAGCCUUCGCCUUUCCUCCCGCCCGCCGCGCGACCCGGCGGGGGGGGGGGGGGGGGGAGAGAUGGGGGAGGGGAGGGCCCACCCCGUCAGGCCGCCCCGCGGGGCGUCCACUGCAUGUCGCUCGAGCCAGCGAGGUGCGGGCGAACAGCGCUUCCAGCCCGGUCGUUCCCUCAUCCGCUUUCCGCCUUCCCUUUGGAGCUCGGCCUCUGGCCCAGAAACUCCGAGCUUGCAGCAAAUGCCAGAAGGCUCUGCGGCCGGCCCAGGGCGGGCAGGUAGGGGAGUUCCCUGAGGAGCAGCCGGCCACAGGGGGUCUAGGGGCCAUGCCCCACCGCGAGGGAGCCCCUGCCUGCACAUGGCGCGCUGCUGAAGCCCACUCCCCCGACAGGGACAGGGGCAGAGGUGUCCCAUCCACGUGGCCACCCACGCCCAGACCUCUGACCUCCCUCCCCUAGGCCAGCUCCGUGGGGGCUUCCUGGACCCCCUCCCCUUCCCCCCACAGGCUCUCCCUGAAAAAGACUCUGCAAAGCUCAAGGCCUGCAUGCUUCCCGGCCCUUGUGCUGGCCUUGGACGUGCUUACCCUCCGGGGUGCCUCAGGAACACCCCCUGGUUCUCCAAGGGCCGUGGGGGAGGGGCUGGGUGUGCAGCCGCUGGAACCCCGUCCUCACCAAAGCAUGAGCCUGUUUCUGCUGCGGGCAUGAAGGAAUGGAACUUUCCGAAUCAUGUUACUUUGUACUUUUUCAUGUUAAUGAGUCGGGCCAUGACAUGGGAGACAUUGCUGCCACAGGCCCCUGGGAGGAUCACCCGCAGCAUCCGCCCCCCCCCCCCCCCCCGCCCCGGGACCUGCUGACACCCGCACCCACCCUGCCACCAUCACAGCUUUGGCAGGGGCCCUGGUGCGAGGCCAGAGCCAGGACACGCUGGGUGGGGCUGGGGUGGGACCCUUGCUCUGGGGACAUUUCCUAAGAUGCUACCGCAACCAAUAAAAAGUGCCACCUCUCCUGCACAUACCUCUGCUGAGUUCCUGUGGGCAGCACCGGCGUCUGCCCCAGGCACAGGGGCUCCCAGGCCAGGAAGGGGUUUCCUGCCAUCGCAGGGAAGUCCGUGUGUGCAGAUGGCGGGGCACCUCUGCCUGGACAAAGCCCUCGCAUGCAAAGCCGGGUUGUACCCCUGCGAGUCCUACCGCAAAGAGCCCUGUCCCUAAAUCUGCAACCACACUGUGACCCUCCCCCCCGGGGGGCUGGUCGUUCUCUGGGAACCAGGCUGGAAUAGAACCCGGGGCUGGAACUGCAGGCUUUACAAACAAGCCCCAGCUCUGGGGCGGGGUGGACUGCCUCUCGGCAGACAAGUUUCCCCUGUAUCUGCUUCCUCCUCACUCCCAGCCUCACUUUCACACACACACACACACACACACACACACACACACACACACCUGGGCUCCACUGCUGGAGUCUAUAGGUCAGUGUCAAGUGGGCAAGGGCAGUGAGGAGUAGGGAGGCUGAAAUAACGGUCUUACCAGCAGCCAAGAAACGUUCUGGGAUCAGAAUGAGCUGAGGGUCCCCAAACCACAUGCAGGUGAAGGCUGUCUCCCACCGUCUGCUCUCGCAUGGAUGCUCACAUCAGCUCCGAGGCAGAAAGGGUCCCCUUGUAUCAGAUGGGGACACGCUCUGUCCACAGUAGACCAGGCCAUUCGCACCCGGCCUGACACCUGCCCCCCCAGCCCAAGCUUCUCCCUGGGGCAGGCUCCUGGCAGGGGGGAGGCUGGGCUCCUGCCCUGGAACCCGCACUCCCUGGGGCAGGCUCCCCUGCUCCUUCCUUCCUGGGUCCACGUACUCAAGCAGAGGCCAGCAGGGCUCUGCCAGGAGAGAGGGCAGGGAACUGGGGGCCAGGGGAGCCCCCCUGAGUGCAGGCUCUCGGCAGACUGAAGCCGGAAGCCUAGCCCUGCCUCUUCCUGAUGUGCCCGGUUAGCUGAACCCCCAGAGGAUGGGGCUCGGGAACCCACAAACACACCAAGGGUGGCCGCGCUCUUGCAGUGACGGCAUUGGGUCUUGCUCAACCCGGGCGCCGUAGCUGGUGCCCGUGGGGUUCCCACGCAUGGGGGCCACACUCGGGGUGCCCGCUCCUCUGCUCCUCAUUUGGCUCGGCCGAUGAGCCCCAGGGACAAACUGCUUUUUCCUGUGCCGUGGGGCUUGCUCAGCAUCACCACGAAGACCUCCGGAAAUUACCCGAGUUGUCUCUCCAGGACCAGGUCAGAGGUGGUGGAUGGCCUGAGGGACCUGUCCCCUGUCCUCCUCGCCCGGGGCCUCAGUGGUUCUGUGGGUGCCCCGCAGUCCCCCCCAAGACUAGGAGAGCCAGUGGAACACCACGGGUCCCAGGAAGGAGGGGCACCUGCCAGCCGUCCUGCGUGGGGUGCGCUUUGCCCAGCGAGCCCCAGGUUUGCUUUCCCCUUCCCCACGGUACCAGCCACCCCGCCUCCCCACCCCCAGCCCCAUGGCCGUCCCUUCCACACAGUCCGAGCUCCUGCCGCUGGGCGCCGGGCAGGCCUCUGCCGCCUGUGGCCUCACUUUCCCCCUCCGGGUCAGGGACCGGGAACUCGCCAGGUCCCCACCAACUGCCCCCUCACACACUCUGACAAAACCUGUACUGAAACAUCUGCUGUGGGAUAGAAUUGUGCGAGCCCUACACGUGACGCUGACCUUGCCAAUCUGUUCAAGAUGCGCAAAGGCAACGAAGGGGGGCAGUUUGGAAAUGUGGCCGUUAUCACCUCCAGAAUUAUGCGGAGAGCUCUGUCCAGCUCCCGGAGUAUCACUGACUCGGGAGGCAGGCUCUGACACCAGGUGGUCAGUGACUUGUCCCAAACCAGCAGGCCAGCCAGAAGCCUCUGGCUCACCAGAAACCGUCCUGAGUGUGUAAGGGGUGUGAUUUGGGGCCGUGACGUUCCAGAAACCACCCCCCUUACCCUCGGGGCCGCUAUGUGUAAAUGCAGCGCUCUCCCUCUUGUACCUGAGCCCUGCCUCGUCCCCCCACCUACACCCAUCACACCCACCCGCUCCCCCCACACCCACCCUGGCUGAACUGUGUGCUUCUGGACAACCUGGAGACCCGUGCGGGCCGAGCACGGCAGCCCCAGGACGGAACCAGCUCCAGCAUCGCUGUUGGGGAGUCUGAAACCCUCCCCGAUACUUGCUGCCCAAAAAAUCCCUCCACACUUUGCUUUUGGGAAAAACGCACCACACACACACGCAGACACACACUCUCUCUCUCUCUCUCUCUCCCUCUCUCUCUCUCUCUCCAGUCCUUGGCCAGCUGGAGACCGGGACAGCAUCAGUGGCCCCAGAGCCGUGGGCAGGGCCACGGCACAUUCACAAGCCUCCAUAUGUGUAAGUUCUCCGAGGCCCAGCAGGAUGAGAUAGACCGUGGCGCUCACCCGGAGGCCGUGACGGCGUCCCCGCACUGCUCCCACCUCCCAAAUGCGGUCCUGUCAGAGGAAGGGCCGUGGAAACAAACAGGAGGCUUAAGGCUGCGGAGGGUGGCCUUCACCUGUUUUUAAUUGGGGCCGUUCAAACCUGGGCCCUCCCCCCAACAGACAGCUGUGUCCAGGGCUCAGGGCACGUGCUGUCCCGGCCAGGGCGACAAUGGCCCCGGGGCUCUCCGCUCGGAGACUCCUCAGAGGGACACGGCACUCUCCCCGUGCCACUGCCCUGCUCGUCGGUGGAGCCGCAGGAAGAGGCCGCAGGUGAGUUUUCAGGAACACAGAUGGGUUCACAAAAAAGACACCUUUGUAUAUUUUGCCGCCUUUCAUCUUACUGUGGACGUUUUCACUGCAUGCGUUAAUUUAAUUAAGUUGGUUUUAGGUAACACAUGGUCAGAAAGCAAAUAAAAAGCCACCGCCAGGCAGGACUGUCGCCCUGCGGCAGUAAGCGGCCCCCAGGGCCCACGCCGGGGAUGUCUGCUGCCGGCACGAGGGCCACACCUGUGUCACCACCUUGGCUCGGCCCAGACCAGACUCUCUCAGACUAGAAUCCAGGGCCGGGGGGUGACGCAUCCCAAAAACUUAAACUAUCACUUCCACGUACCUUCGCUUUGUGUAUCGUUUUGACAUUUUUUGCAUCUUGCCCCCAGUGUAAAUUGUCUCCAAGAAAAAAAAGAAAAUCGCUCGGUGCAAA